AUGAAUUUGUACCUGGAUUCACUGUUUGACAACCAAUCCUGGGCUCUUCUCUCCCGGAAUUCCUCCCCUGAAUGGCCCCCAGAAGUUGACCCCAACAACUUAUGGUUUGAGUGGUACCAUCCCCAGUUUACCAUCUUUGGCACCCUUGCCUUCUUCCUGGCCAUGAAGUUUUGGAUGUUGAUUCUUGCCACUACAAUACCCAUGCCAGCUGGGUACUUCCUGCCUGUAUUUGUCUAUGGGGCCGGCAUUGGGCGAAUUUUUGGUGAGAUUUUAGCUGUCAUCUUCCCAGAGGGCAUCAAGACAGAUGAUGGGGUCACCAACACCAUCAUCCCUGGUGCAUAUGCCCUGGCAG